AUGUCUUCCAGCCUUGACAUUGGCUUUGGCCCAGGCAAGUGGGGCGAUGAUGACUGGAAUACUGUUGUGGAUCUGGGCAUUGCAACUGGUCAGGAUAGGAGCCUUAUCGCUGUUAAGGCAGCCUUUGCAUUUCUUCUGCUUGUGGGAAUGCUUGUUCUCUCAAGCUUAAUUUAUGUCUUGAAAAGGUCAAGAAGCUAUGUCCUCAAGCCUAUGCCGCUGAUCGCUACUUUGGCAGCCAUGUUUUCAAUGGUGGCCUCUAUGGCCAAUAUGUUUGCUUAUUGCAAUUUCGGGCUCACAGUGUCCACGACCAAGAAGUGGUAUUUGAUCACUUCACUACUUUCCGCGCUUUUCGAGCAAGCUUCAUAUUGUAUAAUGUUUUAUGUCUUCUAUGCGAUUGUCCAUGUAUUUCAAGAGCGUAUCAUGACUAUGAGCACCAGGGUCUCUUCAACCAUCAAAUAUGUGCAUUGGGUGAUCGUGGGUCUCUUCGCAGCACUCGUCAUUAUUGAGUGGAGCUGGAUGGUACUCUACAUCAACUCCACCGUUCAUGAUGAGUUAAUCUUCACCGAACAGUACAAUGUUUGGGGGAAGAUUGACAGCGCCCGAUGCAUUCUCUUCUGGCUGAGCGCCUGGGAGAUUGUCGGGUGGGCUUUCUACCUGGGUCUCAUGACAUCGCGGGGCUCAUCUAAGGUCAAUAUAAAGAUGUCAUCAUUUUUCUUCAUCGCAGCUUGCGGCUUUUUCCUUGGCGUGAACUUUUUAUUUUUCGUAUGGGAUGUGAUAUAUUAUCUCAAGGCUGUCGGUGAGACCGCCCAGUCCGAGUCUGCAGAGAACGUGAGCAUAGCCACAGCUGCUAUCGAGGAGAUCCUCCAAUUUGUCUUUGUUCAAGGGUCAUUUUUCGGGCUUAUCUUAUGUUAUUGGCGAUUUCCGGAACCGGAGGCUCGCUUCGAAGAGGUUUCCAGUGGAGAGAUCGAAGAGGCCAAAUCUGGCUCUGGUGCCCUCCUCGACCGUACUGGCCUGGCCCCACGGGAGGUCGAAGGCAGCACCCCUUUGAAUGGAAUCACCGAAAAGAAAGUGGGUGUUUUUGAGGCGGACACCUCACGAGCUAUACUGGAGGCGGAUAACUCCGAUUACCUUACAGAUAAGAAAGCUGGCAUUUCUGAGGUAGAUGGCUCAAACGGAGUUCUGGAGGCUGAUUCGACAUUUGUUCAUGAAGUAGCCACCUAG